AUGUCCGGCACUGUCAUCGUCACCGGCGCAGCAGGCGGCCUCGGCUUAGCGCUCGCAGAGAGUAUCGUCAACCGCCCCGAAGCAGAAGCCUGCAUCUUCACAGUCCGCAACCAGUCAGCCGCCAAUGCAAAGCCUCUGCAUACCCUCCGCGAAUCCACUCAAGGAAAGACGGUCGAGAUCCACGAGCUCGACCUCUCCAAAGCAGACGCCGUGCGCACCUUCGCCGCCGCCAUCAACACCAAAGUCUCCAACAAACAGCUUCCUCCCAUCCGCGCACUCAUCCUCAACGCCGCUGCCAUACCGAUGAUGGGCCCGCGCCAGCUCAUCAACUGGAACGAUGCAGGGGAUCUGGAGAUGAUGUUCGCGGUCAACCACGUGGCCAACUUCUUGCUGACUCUGCUGCUGCUGCCCAGCUUGGACCCGGAGCAUGGCCGCAUCGUGCUGGUAUCGAGCGAUGCGCACCGCAUGGAGAAGCUGGAGUGGAAUCUUGAAGAGAUCUCGCGGGGCGAGCAGGUGCCGGGCGCGGGUGAUAAAUGGAACGAUGUCAUGAGGCGGUAUGGCAUGUCGAAGCUGUGUCAGGUCAUGUUCAUGCACGAGCUGCAAGCACGCCUCGACGCAGAUCCGCGCCUGAACAAGAUCUGCGUGCUCGCCGUCAGCCCCGGCGCCAUGAUACACCCUAAUAUCAUGAACAAGAUGAACCCGUUCAUGAAGUAUGUUGUGGGACCGGUGGCGUCUGGCGUCUUCAAGGCAGUUUCACGGGUCAAUCCGGAUGGUGUCAUGCGUACGGUGGAGAAGUCGGCAGCGCAUGUGCGGAGAGCGGCGUUCGAUGUUGAGGAUCCGGAGCUAGGGAGGUAUCCGAAAGAUCUUUAUUUGGAUGGCGCUAAGAUUGUUAAGCCACUGGAGGAGUCUUUCGAUAAGGCGAAACAGAAGGAGCUAUGGGACUUCAGCGUUAAAUUAGCGGGGUUGACUGGACAAAGCAUCUUAUAG